AUGCCAGUGAGGGAUCCUAGACUUAGAAUUGGAGGGAAGGUGACGGCAAAGGCUUGUCAUGUUGUGCAUCUGAGCGAGUGCGCACGGAGAUAUGGCAUCAACAAGCACUCCAAGCGGCUUGUUGGAACGGUUCUAGACGUCACGACCACCCCUGUAUCCAUUACAACCGGGCGUACCUCUACUUUGAUAACAGCAGUUUAUGAUUUUGGAGAGAGUUUGUUCAAGGAAAAAACACUGAACAUUCGGAGUGUAAAGGCAUUUGUACUGCCAGAAGAUGAAGGAAUGUCCUUAAUUGAGGAAAUAGCAGCAGAGACUUUGCAGACAGCAGAAGCAGACAUGGAAGCCGGAAACUUGAUGGAAGAAAGUGUCGAAGCCCCGGUAGCCGAAAUGGUUGAAACCCCGGCUGACAUAGAGCCCAAUACCUUGGUCGACACAGAGCCCAAUACCCCGGUUGACACAGAGCCCAAUAGCCCGGUAGCCGAAAUUGUCGAGACCCCAGUUGACACCAAUACCUUGGUUGACACAGAGUCCAAAAACCCGGUAGCCACAGUGCACCAAACAGAGUGGUAUGUGAAUGAAAGAAAAACCCGGCUGGAUGUGAAUGGCCAUGUCUAUGUUAGGCACUUCCAUAUCCGUACUUCAGUUGGUGACCUUAUUGGUCAAGACUCUGACAAUGGGGUGAGAUUUUCGCGCCUCGAAUAUUUCCUGCUCAUGUUUCCGCCGACCCAGCUGACUACUAUGUGUUGGCUUACAAAUACUAUGCUUGCUCAACAAAACAAGCAUACAAUUACAGCCGGAGAACUUCUUUGGUUCUUUGGAAUCCUCAUCCUCACCACAAAGUUUGAGUCCAGUAGCCGGGCCCAACUAUGGUCCACAACUGCACCCUCCAAGUAUAUUCCUGCCCCUUCAUUUGGACACACAGGAAUGUCCCGGCAACGGUUUGACAAUAUCUGGAAACAUAUCUGUUGGAGUGAACAAUGUCCAGUGCAACCGGAGGGUAUGAGCACUCAUGUUCACCAAUGGCAACUUGUUGACAACUUUGUCACAAGGUUCAAUGAGCAUUGUAGCGAAAAUUUUGUACCUUCCCAUCUGAUUUGUGUGGAUGAAUCUAUCUCAAGAUGGUAUGGGCAGGGUGGGAUUGGAUAA